AUGGAUGUGGUCCACAGCUGGGACGGGGGCCAAGAGGGCCAGCAACUGGACAGCGAGUUCCGGGGCACAGACUGCCUGGAGGUGGAGUUCGAGGAUGACGACAUCCCAGACGAUGAUGAAGGCGACGGCAUGGCUGGAGAUGAUGACGAGGAGAUUGGAGUCAUCCCGGAGAACGAGAUCUACUCAGAUGAGGACACUGGGCCGCAGGUAGAUGACUCCCUGGUCAAAGUGGUCCACGGCGAGAGUGUGCUCUCCGUGGCCCUCAGCCCCACAGACCGGAGCCUGCUGCUGACCGGAGGGCAGGAUGACGUGGCUGUCCUGUGGACCAUCCACGAAAAGGACGGCGGGUUGCGCUGCACCGAGAGGUGUCGCCUGCAAGGCCACACCGAUUCGGUGGUGGAGGUCGCCUUUAGCACAGACGGCGUGUAUGCGGCCACUGCCUCAUAUGACGGAACCGUGAGGAUUUGGAGUGCGGCAGACGGAUCGCUGGUCCAGAGCCUGGACGGACCAUCGAAGGAAGUGGAAUGGAUCCUUUGGCACCCCAAAGGCCACGCCAUCCUCGGGGGGUCCAAUGACACCAUGGCGUGGAUGUGGUGGGCGCCCACGGGCAAAGUGAUGCAGAUCUUCGCCGGGCACGGGGCAGGCGUGUCCUGCGGGUGCUGGGGCCUGGGCGGCAAGGUCGUCGUCACCGGCUCCGAAGACCACGGUGUCAUCGUGUGGAACCCCAGAGCUGGCACGCCGCAGCACCACCUGCGGGAGGUGCAUGAGAGCUCGAUCAUCUCCAUUUGCUCACACCCCGAGUCGCCGAUUGUGGUGACCGGAGCAGAAGACGCCACGGCCAAAGUGGUGCAGAUCGAAACGGGCAAGGUGUUGGCGCCUCUGCCGGGGCACAUCGACUCGGUGGAGGCCGUGGCGUUUAGCAACGCCAAGGGCACUUUGCUCCUUGCCACCGGCAGCAUGGACGGAACUGUGCAGAUCUGGGAUGCGAAGUCCAUGGAUCUACGCUGCACCGUGAAGGACAGCGUGAGUUAG